AAAUAUAUAUGUAUAAAAAAAUCCUCUUCAAUGUGUUUGCUGUGUUUCAAAAGUGGCAAAAACAAGCUAAUACACAAUUCAAUUAAGUAACACAAAUUAAAAAAAAAAAAAAACAGAAGUACAACAACAACCAAAAAGAAAAAUUUAGCAAAGAGAAUUGAUUAAAUACUCUUAAUACAACAAAAAGGUUAUCAGCCAAUGUGGACUCAAAUGUCGUUCAAGAGAAAAUAUAAUUUGGCUUAGAAAACAAAAAAAAAGAAGAAAACUAAAAGGAAAAAAAGGGAAGUAUACAGAAGAUUAAGUUCAAUUACGGGAAAACUAACCAAAGAUGGCCACAAAUUGUGAAUACAUUGAGCAAGGUGGCAAAAAGUCAUCCAAUGCAACAGAAGCAUCAUCAGCAUUAGCCAUGAAUAGCAGCCAGCAUGAUGAGAAAAUGGAUGAGACUAAAGAGAAAAAACAGCAGCAGGUUUCUUCUCCAUCCAAUCCGUCUCCAGCGGGCACCAACUCCACCCCCUCCGCCUAUAGCCAUGAGGAUAGUUUCGAAUGCGCCUUUGAGUCGACAAUGGAUGAUUUGGAGCAAAAUCUAUUGGAUGGCUAUGAAUCUGAUUCGGAGGCCAGUGCCAAUGAUCAUUCCUCGGCUUCAGCAUCGGCGGCCAGUCUCUGUCCCACUAUAGACAGAGAAAGGGAGCGGGAACGAGAAGGUCUAUCGAUUCUUAAAUGUGAUCAACAGCAUAUAAAUGAGCAGAUGCUCCAGUCCAUACCUCGCACCAACUCGUUUGAUUUCCACAGCAGCAGCAGCGGCACCAGCUCCGACGAUGAAUUCGACGACGACGAUGAUGAUGAUGAUGAUGCUGAAGGGGAUGGGGGAGACGUCUGCCUGAAUCUAAGUAGCAAAUUUUCAAAGAAUUUAAGUGGAAUUGGCAGCGGUGGAGGUACUGGAGGCUAUGAUCUAUAUCAUCCACAGAGAUCUGGUUACCUCCUGCCACCCUUCACUGAGCGACGACGUCUCUCGCAAUGCAAAGAGGAAGAUGAUGAAGAUGAGGGUGACAAAUCGCCGCAACCAGGCAAUGGUGAAGCACCCAAAUUUGAGUCUCGCUCAUCGAAAACUUUGCCACCGAGACCACCAACACCACAGGACGCCGCCUCCAAAGAGAAAUUCAAGGAUCUGGAGCGUUUGCGUCAACAGUUUAUGCAUAAAAUUGAUAGGAUAAACACACAAAAUAUAGAGGAGUCUAAGGCCAAGCCACCACCGCCGCCACCACCCCCACCUAUACCGGCCACCAUAUUACCAAAGGCUCUCAAAGAACUAUUGCACACAGAAGAGCAAUCAGCCCCGCCGGUGGCAGCUGCAGUUAGCUUAAAAAUACCGUCUCCAAGUCCUGAACAAGCAACAGCAGCUCCUUUGGCCCAGGAUACACCUGUUUCACCCUUGCCCCGACCGAAUGAGCCACCAUUGAUUAUCAAGGGCAAAUUCAAAGUUAGCCUGGCCCAGGAAACUCCCGAGUUGCGUGUUGAGGCCAAACAAUUGAGUCAACUUAAAGCCACAACGAAUUCGCAAACCAUUAGUUUCCCCUCAAGUUUCGGUGGCUAUUCCUCGGUCCAGGGCCUUUUCUCUCAACGUUAUGGCUCAAAUCGUCAUCCCUCGGCUGCUCCGCAUCUUUCCAAGCAGUUCUUUGACACAUCCCUUGUCCAAAUACGCACUUCGGAUCAGAGUAAUAACUCGCUAAAUAUCAGCAACAACCAAAGUCAAAAUGAAAAUUGUGAUACAAAUAGCUUAGCCAAUAAGCCCAAGACACCCAGCGAACGUGAGCUGGAUGAGAUUUGGAUACGACGAACACCACCGCCAAGCAAUUCAAUCGAAAGUCCAUAUGAAGGACUUAAAGCGGCAACUUUGCCAGGAGCCUCAACAAUGCCACGUCUAAUGCAGCGCAACGAGAGUGAAGCGUCCACAAAUACAAGUCCUUCGCAACAGUUGAGAGCUUCCGGUUCGAUAUCGGUAUCCGUAUCGGAAGAUGAACAAGAUGGCGGCAGUGGUGGACGUAUUCCCGGUUCUCGACCAUCAAGUGCACCGGCAGAACCUAAUGCCAAGGCAGCCAAAAAGGCCUACAAAAAGAUGGAGAAAGAACAACGGCGCCAGGAAAAAGAACAAACACGUCGAGAAAAGGAGGCUCGCAAAUUGGAACGUGAGACUGCCCGUCGUAUUGAGAGAGAGGCCGCCAAAUUGGAAAAGUUCAACCGACAUAGCGAGAAAAUAUCACGCAGCACUGAACGGAUGGCCAUGGCCGGUGGUGGAUCACGUUCCGGUUCCCUAGAACGAAGACGCAGCGGUGAAGAUUCACCCGUACUUAAUCAGUCAACAGUUCAUGGAAUCGCCUCACCAAAUCGACGACCAACCAUAUUCGAUGUGUUUAGGCCCCGAGCCAAAUCGGAUGCGAAACGGCAUAAGGAUAAACAUUUGUUGGAUCCAUCAUCGGCCGACAGUAGUGCCACAAGUAGUACAUAUUCGGUAUCGGGUGGCACUGCCCCACAUACAACAGUAACAGGUGGCGCAGCGACCAUUACGGCUGCCGGAGCAACUGGUGGCAUCAUGAACUCUAUGAAAGUGGCCAUGCAACACUUUGGACACCGGCAACAUCCCGCUGUAACGAUAACCAAUGCCGAUGGCACUGUCUCGGCCAAAAGCAAGUACAAGGAUGGCAGUGCCCAUUUGCAUCAGGGCAGCGAUGCGCAGUAUUACCACACGGUGACCGCAGGGCGUCCACAUGCCACACAGCGUUCUCCAAUGACCAAAGUAAUGGAUCUAUUCCGGCAUCGUUCAAAUUCGGCUGUCAGUGAAGCGGAUAAACGUAAAGCGCGAGCUGUGGCACACAAACAACAAUUGGCUGUAACAAGUGCUCAUAUGCGUCGUGCCUCUGCUGACUUGGAGAAACGACGAGCUUCAGUUGGUGCUGCCGGUCGAAGUUUACGUGGCGAUGGCACCUUAGAUCCACAUCAUGCAGCUAUAUUAUUCAGAGAUUCAAGAGGGUUGCCCGUUGCCGAUCCGUUCCUAGAGAAAGUCAAUCUAUCAGAUUUUGAGGAGGACGACUCACAGAUCUUUGUCAAGUUCUUUCGUUUUCACAAGUGCUAUGAUCUAAUACCCACCUCCGCUAAACUGGUUGUCUUUGAUACCCAAUUGCUGGUGAAGAAGGCAUUCUAUGCCUUGGUCUAUAAUGGCGUUCGUGCUGCACCGUUAUGGGAUUCGGAUAAGCAGCAAUUUGUUGGCAUGCUGACCAUAACAGAUUUCAUUAAAAUCUUGCAAAUGUAUUAUAAAACCCCAAAUGCAUCUAUGGAGCAACUAGAAGAGCACAAAUUGGAUACAUGGCGCAGUGUGCUGCAUAAUCAGGUGAUGCCAUUGGUCAGCAUUGGACCGGAUGCCUCCCUUUACGAUGCCAUUAAAAUUCUCAUACAUAGUCGCAUUCACCGCUUGCCCGUCAUUGAUCCAGCAACAGGCAACGUUUUGUACAUAUUGACACAUAAACGCAUACUGAGGUUCCUCUUCUUAUAUAUUAAUGAAUUACCAAAGCCCGCUUAUAUGCAAAAGAGUUUGCGUGAUCUGAAAAUUGGCACCUAUGACAACAUUGAGACAGCCGAUGAAACGACCAGCAUUAUUACAGCUCUCAAGAAGUUUGUCGAGCGACGCGUCUCGGCCCUGCCCCUGGUGGAUUCCGAGGGCAGGCUGGUCGAUAUUUAUGCAAAGUUUGAUGUGAUUAAUCUCGCCGCUGAGAAAACCUACAACGAUCUCGAUGUAUCAUUGCGAAAGGCAAACGAGCAUCGCAACGAAUGGUUCGAAGGUGUGCAAAAGUGCAAUUUGGAUGAAUCGUUGUACACGAUUAUGGAGCGGAUUGUACGAGCGGAAGUGCAUCGUUUGGUUGUCGUUGAUGAUCAGAGGAAGGUGAUUGGCAUUAUCUCGUUGUCGGAUAUAUUGCUGUAUCUGGUGCUGCGUCCCAGUGGCGAAGGUGUUGGCGGCUCUGAAAGCUCAUUACGUGCCUCUGAUCCCGUCCUGUUGCGCAAAGCGGUUGAGGUGGAGGUGACGACAGCGUCAGCGACAUCAACAACGCCCCCGCCACGCAGUCCUUCGGCUGGUUCGGCUGGCAAUCGCAGCCUAAUUGAGGAUAUACCCGAAGAGGAGCCUGUUGUGGCGUCCAGUGAUAAUAACAAAUCCGCCAGUGAAGACAAAUUCAAUAAUAACCAGCAUGAGACGGCGGCAACGCCCAACGGUGAUAGCCAUAACAGUCCAGUUCCAGCUCUAGCCGAAGUGUCCUUUGCCGAUGAGGCGCAAGAGGAAGACGAUGAUGAUGAGGAUAAACAGAAGUUGGAGGAGGAGCAGGAGGAGGAGCGUAAAAAGGCAGCUGUUGCUGCAAUUGCUGCGGCGGCACACACAACAGGGACACGAACCGAUGAGGAGGAAGAUGAUGGGCUAAGCAGCGCUGUAUCGGCUGCCUCGGCACUUGGCCAGACACAGUCACUGGCCACGCCCACGGCGCGAGAGAUGGGGCUGGUUAGUGAAUAAACAACAAAUAUAUAUUAUAUUUUAAUUUAAUACAAAACAAGUAAAGUAAAUAAACAAACAAACAAACAAACAACACACACCCAACACACAACAAUAAUAAUUUAAAUCAGCAAAGAAAACUUAUAUUUGAAUAUUAUUAGUUGUUAAGCAAAUAUUAUUACAAUAUGAAAUAUUAUUAUCUAUUUUACAAACAAAAACAACAACAAAAAAUCAACCUAAAAAUAAUACAACAAAACAAAACAAACAAAAAAAACAAAAACAAAAACUGUUAACAAUAUGUUUAUAUAUAUAUAAAAAGAAAGAGAAAAGAAAAGAAAAAGAAGAAUGAUAAAAAGCAACAAAUUAUAUUAAAUUGUCUUUAAAUUUUAAA